CAGGAGCUGCAGCUUCAGCCUCAGCUGCACCUGUCGCGAUCCGAUCCCAACCCAAGCAAUGCCAGUCAUCGUACCUGCCUGAAAUCUGAAUAAGAUCUGGCAAGCGGUAGCGAAUGCUUCCCAUGUCGGAAACAAUGGAUCGCAUCGUAAUAGACAGACUCGGUUUCACUCUUCUCCAUGAUCCGCCUGAGGCACCAACGGCAAACGUGAUAUUCGUCCACGGCCUUCAUGGCCACCCGCGAUUUAGGUGGGAAUAUACGAGCACUUCUCCCUCGGCCACCUCUUCGAGCCCGUCCGUACCACACACAAAGCGACGUCUCGUCCCCUCGCGCGUCCGCAACUUCCUUCGCCGUCCAAGCCCCGACACCACACAGACACCUGAUCCGGAGAAAACGAUCGUGUGCUGGCCGGUUGACCGCCUCCCUGAGGUGUUGCCGAGCUGCCGUAUAUGGACCUAUGGUUACAACGCGGAUGUCGCUGGUUUUUGGGGCAAGAACAACCAGAAUAACGUCCUCAAGCAUGCCAACGACCUCAUGAUCAGACUUGAAAGAACCCUGAAGGAUGAUGUAAGAGCCAAACAUCGCCCCCGUGCCUAAUUCCCACCAAAUCUAAGAUGAACUAAACUACCCUUAUCCAGCGCCCGAUCAUUUUCGUCGCUCACAGCCUUGGUGGACUUUUGGUCAAGCGGGCACUCUCGUCAAUGGAAUCCAGCUUAGACGACAGAUUUCGCCAGUCUUUGAGACGGAUAUCUGCUGUUGUUUUCUGCGGGUGCCAUCACAGAGGAUCCGAUGCAGCAUCCUGGGGUCUCCUGGCAUCGAAACUGAUUGCC